UGUUUCAUGCAAACUGACACGGAACUUCGAAAGGUCGCUGAAUUCAAAGAAAUCUUUUGUUCGAAUUAUAAUAUAAUUGUAUAUUUGUAUUUCUACGUUACAAUCUAAAAGACGUGAAAGGAAAAGGACCAUGAAAGGAGAUACUUUAGAUGAUUCUGACAAAUGAUGCUGAAGUUAUAAGGUCAAAUACAGCUGUUUGACUUAAACUUUAUAAAGGAAAUGGCUUCUUUCGUUCGCUGGGUUUGUUUUUCUUAUUCGCUUUUUCUUCUCUCGUUAAUGGGUUUAUUUUCAAGCCGUGAAGCCCAGCACCAUACAAGACUUUAUAAACAUGGACAUGUUAUAAUUGGAGGGCUAUUUCCAAUCCAUCUUCAGCAAGUCAACGAUAAAUGUGUUGGUUUUCGUCCCGAGGCGCUGGCUUGGUCAGWAGCAAUGAAAYUAGCCAUCGAYAACAUAAACCGAAAUUCUUCGCUGCUGCCAAAUGUGAUUUUAGGCUACGAUAUUCAAGAUACUUGUGGCACAGAACAAGUUGCAAUAUCUUCUGCGGCACAGUUCUCGUUUAUUAACACUUUAAUGUUUAAUGAGAGAUAUUCAAAGGCCGUUAACUCUUGUGUUGAGGUUUCKUCCAAAGGCAACAAAACACAUCCUCCCAUUGUUGCCGUUUUAGGCGGAGAGGACUCGCGAGUUUCAGUUAAUAUGGCGAACGUUUUACAACUUGGUGACAUACCACAAAUCAGYUAYGGUUCAACAAGCGCACAGCUCUCGAAUAAAAAAAAAUUUCGCACCUUUUUUCGCACUGUACCUUCGGAUGCAUUUCAAUCUCAAGCGAUGGCGCAAACUGUCAAAGAGAACAAAUGGACUUGUGUGGCUGUCAUUGGCACAGACGAUGUCUAUGGAAGAAGCGGAAUCACCUCAUUUCAAAAUGCUGCGAAUGAUCAACAGAUUUGCAUCGCAUUAACUGAACUUUUCCCUGUAUAUGAUUCAGAAAACAGAAUAAAAAUUCUGGUCGAAAAGUUAAAGUCUAUGAAACAUGUUGAAAUUAUAAUCCUGUAUAGUCUCCCUGCACAGGCUGUGCAAAUAUUCAAGGAGGCAGUGAAACAAAACAUGGUUGACAAAACUUGGAUUGCAAGUGACGGAUGGGCGGAGUCAACAUAUGUUCGACAAGAACAAUUUAUACCGUUGAUCCAAGGGACAAUAGGAUUUGAGUUUCGAGAUGUUCACUUUUUGCCUUUAGAAAGGUAUUUUAUGGAUUUGAACAGUUCAAUUGCUAAUAAAAAUGUAUGGUGGGAAGAGUUUUGGAGCACACAAUUUAAUUGCUCRAUWAAUAAUAUGCAAAACAAUGGCYUGAAACUUUGCAGCGGUGGUGAAAAAAUUACAAGUGAUUUCUACACUAAGAAACUUCAYUCUCCACUAUCUGCUUAUGUUGCUGAUGCUGUUUAUACWGUAGCACAUGCCUUGAGCCGUCUUCAGAAUUGCAUUGGAUUAAAGUGUAACAACUUGGCUGAUAUCACACCAGAAAARAUGGUUGAGGCAAUAAAGAGGACCUCUUUCAAUGGUUUGACAGGAAGUUUUGAUUUUUCCCAAACAGAAAAACAAGCAAGAUAUGAUAUUGUCAACUUGCAAGUCAACUCAUUUGGYUCCAUUGAAGCUGUGAACAUUGGACAAUGGGACAAUAAUAACCUUAAUGUAAACAAUGGUAAAAUACAAUGGCAUAAAAAUAAAAAGCCAAGGUCCUCAUGUGGAGCUGUCUGCCCUAAAGGGACAUACAAGGGAAAGCCUAUUCAAUGCGUAUGGGGCUGCUUUGCAUGUUCUGAGGACACCUAUACUGAUGUUGAAGAAAGCACCACUUGCAAAAAGUGYCCUAAAGGUUUUGUACAUUCARAGAAUUACACCUCUUGUACWGAGGUCCCUCCACAGUAUAUUCGUUGGGUAGACCCAUGGGGAAUUGGUUUGCUAUUUACAAACUGUGCAGGAAUUGUUAUGACCCUUUUUGUUUUAGCGAUGAUCAUCAGAAACUACAAAACCCCAUUGGUCACUGAAACAGGAGGAAUUCUCAAUUUGAUGCUUCUUAUAGACCUUCUUCUUUCUUAUGGAUUCAACUUUAUUUUAUUGUCGCCACCGUCCGAUUUCAGAUGCAUAUUUUUAGCAAUUCUCUUUUACAUUAUCUAUCCAGGAGCUGUUGUAACAUUCCUUCUUAAAAUACUCUUUAUUAGACGUUGCUUUGAUGCAAGUAAUACUAUUGCUAUUCAAGGCAGUCCRUCCAUUGCAGCAAAGGGCUUUGAWCGUCCAGUUUGGCAGUACUGCRUCUUGGCUUUAGUUGCUGUUCUAUUUCCUGUAAUAAUGUCCAUCAUUUGGAUUAUUGUUGGAGAUCUUCAUUCUGGCAAAGUUGUCAUAAACCGAGAUGUUGUGUACAUGACUUGCCCAUCUGUAGAUACUGUGGGUGGACAAUUACUCAGGUAUAUCAUUGCCGUCUACCUCUUUGUUAUUGUUCUUGCUGCUACAGUGUACUCCCAUCAAACUAAAAAGAUAUGCCAGGCGCAAAAGUUUCUGGAAUCUAAGCAUAUGUUUUAUGCUCUGGUUCUUUUCCUUGUCACCUUGACAACAUUUUAUCCAGGCUGGGCACUUAUCCAAGGACCUGUUUUGCAAGUAUUUGCAUGCUUAACAAACAUCACUGCUGCAACAGGAGUCAUUAUCUGUGCAUAYGGACCUAAAAUCCACCUUCUUCUAUUCUAUCCAGUCUUAAACACAUAUGCACAUGUUCAUCCAGUGCACACCUCUGUUACAUCUGCAGCAUUGAAUAUGGGUCUUCACCUUGUGAAUACUGGAAGAGGGAGGACAAUUACUCUACGUGAUGACUCUACACCUUCUCUGCAGUCAAGUCCAGAUGUUGGSCGUCGAACUGACACAGUUAACGAUAGCAGCAGCUCWCAACAAACUGUGAUAAAGCAUUCAAAUGUUGUUUCUAUAGAAGCUUGAUUCAAGUAUACAACUGUGCAGUUUACUGAAAUGAAAAAAUAUUGACCUUUGAUUUAGUCAAAAAAAAAAGACCUGACAUAUCACAACUUAGCAAUACAAUAUAUCAGUUCAUUCUUUGACAUAAACUUUAACUGUAACAACAUGUUGUCUUACUUGUCGCUAAUAAGUGCAUCAUGCUCUUGCAUGUAAAUAUGGUGUGUGUAAAUAUAUGGCAGCUGAUAUGCUUUAGUUAAACCUUUAGUUUGUCAUCAAACUUUAAAAUAUGAUUGUUUGGCUGUAAAUAAGUGUGAUAAGAUCGAGUUGAUCUGAAAUUAAUAUUUAAAUGAGAAAAGAACAAAAAUCAUAUGAAUAUACCCUUGAUGGACUCAUUUUUGUCUAUUCUUAAAAUUACAGUAAAGGCAGGAAUAGCAUUCAAUCUAUGUGCAAAUUGUUUGUUUAUUGAYUGUUUUCUAUCCUAGGAACAAGGCUAUUACUGCAUGUACUGGAAAUUUAAGAAUAGUCAGUGCAUUUACAUGUUAGCAGACAGAAUUUUGCAAAUAACUAAUAUAAUUCUACUUGACUGUAUAAUUAAAGAAACUUAGAAAUGUUAAUAUAAAAAAAUAUAAUAGAUGUACAUUCAUUCUAUUAAAAUAAUAUAUUGUUAACUUUACCGUUAACUUUCURUCAAAAAUAAAUGCUUUUUGGAUAAAUGGAUAAAUUAUUA